UUAUAUUCAACAGAUAGUGGUUAAGCAACAGGAUAUUUUUGGCGUUAUUCCUAGACGACAUGGUUUGGGCAGUGCGCAGAUGGACAAGCUGCUCGCGAGCUUGGAUCACACAGGGAUGAAGGCCAAACUUUACGAUGACCUGGAUGUAAACCGUAUCAUAAAUCGUAAUGUAGGGGUUUAUCUGGUGGAGAGCUUCAGAUUUUCCAUUGCAUAUGCUUCCGUACGGGUUGCAGGAACAUAUUUGUUUGAUGAACCUUUAAUUAAGGGAACUGGGAGAGCAUGGACUUGUAACACUCGGAUUUUCUGUAAGAUAAGGAAUCAAUAUCUUCUUGGAUGGAGCAAGAAAUCUAAUUUUGCUCGGAGUUUGCCAGGAUCCUGGAGGGAAGUGUUGGAGAAUUUGAUACCUUUCCAUGACGCUGGUUUGGUGAAACCUAAUACUGUUGAAGGUUCUGAUGUGGAGAUACCUCAGUUCAAUGUUUCACUUAAGUCCCAGAAUGCUGUUCACAAAUUUCAGCCUGUAGUUUGGAAAAUUAUGCGUUCAAAGUUUGGCGAUUCAUGUAUGAAUCCAAAUCUUCAGUCCACAGCUAGGAACUUGCUACAUUCAGAGACACUUGAUUCCUGUAUGGAUCCUCAGUUUGUCUCAUAUGCUAUGGAGCCUCUACUGAUUGAACCUUUAUUGGAUCAAGAAGUUGUGAAUCUCUCAGAAGGAGAGUUACAUUAUGUCUGUGUCUGGGAAAGGUAUGUUUCAUAUUUCAAAGAGAACCUUUAUAAGCCAGCAGAUGUUUACUUAAUAGACGAACCAAGCGCAUAUCUUGAUUCUAAGCAACGAAUUGUUGCUUCUAAAGUCAUAAGGAGGUUUAUACUCUAUAAAAAGAAAACAGCAUUUGUGGUUGAGCAUGACUUGGUAGUUGCAACAUAUCUGGCAGAUAGAGUUAUUGUGCACAAUGGACAGUCAUCAGUGAAUUGUACUGCAAAUACUCCUCACUCACCUUUGACUGGGAUGAAUCUGUUCUUAUCGGUAAGUCUUGCAGUUGUUUUUUCACCAGAGAUGUUUUACUCAUUAUUGAGGUUGCAAAUGUGAGAAAAAGAUAUCAAGCAACAGAUAUGUUUAAACUUUAAUGCAUAGUAAUGUUCUUUACUUGUUAGGCACAGAAACUGGUUUUCUUUUUGUGAUACUUGUUGUCGUAGUAAUUUAGGUCAGGAUAUAUUUUACUGUUCCAUUAAGUGUUUGUCCCAUAUAUUAUCUGUAUCUGUCAUGUGCUCUUGUUAUGUACACCAUAUAAUGCUCACUAUUAUUGCCUGUUGUUGCUUGUAAUGCAUCAAUUAGAUGUCACAGCUAGCCAUGACCCUGUUAAUUAUCAGCCGAAAAUCAACAAAUUCGAUUCAA